UAUAUAUAAAGAAGAUAGACGUGAAUGAAAACGAUACGAGUUAUAAUUGCGGAAUCACGCGACCAAUUGAUUCUUCUCCCUCCACUCGAUUACUCUCUCGAUCUCUGCUUUCUCCGAUUGUUCGUUCUCGCGAGAAGGAAGCUUAGGUUUCCGUUUUGGUUCGUACAACUUCACCUUAAUCCGAGGUAGACAAACAAUUAUGGUUCACUUUUUGGCGUUAAACUCAAUUUAUCUACCAGUUGAAAAUAUGUUUUACGAUGGAUACGCAUAUCAUAGAACUACCUUUGAGCAGACUUACCGCUGUUAUCCCUCAUCCUUUAUUGAUAAGCCUCAGAUUGAAAGUGGUGGCAAGAUUAUAAUGCCACCAUCAGCCCUUGAUCGUCUAGCCUCUUUGCAUAUCGAUUAUCCAAUGCUCUUUGAGCUUCGUAAUGCUUCAACUGAUCGUGUUUCUCACUGCGGAGUCCUUGAGUUCAUCGCAGAAGAAGGCGUGAUUUACAUGCCCUACUGGAUGAUGCAGAACUUGCUGUUGCAAGAAGGAAACAUUGUGAGAGUUAGAAAUGUCACUCUUCCAAAGGGAACCUACGUGAAACUACAACCCCACACAACAGACUUUCUCGAUAUAGCUAACCCGAAAGCCAUCUUGGAGACCGCAUUGAGGAACUAUUCAUGUCUAACGGUUGGAGAUAGCAUUAUGGUCCCAUACAACAAUAAGAAAUACUUCAUAGAUAUAGUGGAGGCAAAGCCUUCUAAUUGUAUCAGCAUCAUUGAAACUGAUUGUGAGGUUGAUUUCGCUCCUCCCCUUGAUUACAAGGAUCCCGAACGACCUGUAGUACCUGCUUCAGCUAAAGCUAAUGAGGUUGCUGUGGCUGAAGCAGAACCAAAGUUUAACCCUUUCACGGGUUCGGGAAGACGUUUGGAUGGGCGACCUUUAUCCUAUGAACCGCAACCUGUUGCUGCUAACAGUAACGGCCAAUCACACUCUGUAGCAAGUAGUAGUGGGUCAGAGAAGGCUACACAACAAACUCAAGGGAAACUUGUGUUUGGUUCACAUGUAAACCGGGCUACUAAAGAGACAACAAAGGUUGGAGCUGGGAAAGAUAGAAAGCAAGAGGAAGAGGCUGAGAAGAAAGACAAGUUCAACGCUUUUAGUGGUAAGAAAUAUUCAUUGAGGGGUUGAACCAAUGUGUGGAACCAAUCUCUUGUCUUGUUUAUGAUGUUACUCGUGUGGUUAUGUAUUAUCCAUUGAAUCAAACGUUUAGAGGAGAAAAAAAAACACAAAUAAAAAGAAGACGAUGUAUGUAAUGCUGUUUGAUUCAUCAUCAUUUACAUUCUUAAUUUCAUAUUUAAAACCAAGUUGAUCCA